GCAACGCCGGGCGCACCCGCCCCUUCCCCCUGCCCUUUCUCCCGGGCCGGUGCGCGGGAGCAUGCCCGGGGGCGCGCCCCCCUCUCCCGCUAGGCGCCCGCCCGCGCACGCUAUGGCCCCCCGCCCCAGCCCGGGGCCCGAGGUCCCGCGCUCGGGCCACUGACCGACGCCCCGGUUCCCGCCCCCGCCUCCCUGCCUGCCAGCACCAUGGGAUGCAGUAUGUGCGUGGUCCAGAAACCGGAGGAGCAAUACAAAGUCAUGCUUCAGAGCCGGGGAGCAGCUGGAAGCCCGCAAGCGUGGGGUGCAGAACCGCAUGGUGCCCUGGACAUCGUCCCGGGGAUGAAUGGUCACUCCUGCACCCCAGCCCAGGUGAACGGGAAGGAGCUCUCCAAGCUGUCUCAGGAGCAGACGCUGGAGGCCCUUCGUACCUCCAAGGAGCCCCUGGUCAUCCAGGUGCUGAGACGCAGCCCCCGCCUGCGGGGGGACAGCUCCUGCCAUGACCUGCAGCUGGUGGACAGUGGCACUCAGACCGACGUCACCUUUGAGCACAUCAUGGCGCUGGGCAAGCUGCGCCCGCCCACCCCGCCCAUGGGCAUCCUGGAGCCGUACGUCCUGUCUGAGCUCACCCCCAUCAGCCAUGAGUAUUAUGACCCGACGGAAUUCACGGAGGGAGGCCCGCAGGAUGAGCUGGAGUAUGAGGAGGUGGAGCUUUAUAAAAGCAGCCACCAAGACAAGCUGGGCCUGAUGGUGUGCUACCGCACGGACGAUGAGGAGGACCUGGGAAUCUAUGUUGGAGAGGUGAAUCCCAACAGCAUUGCAGCCAAAGACGGCCGGAUCCGAGAGGGGGACCGAAUCAUCCAGAUUAACGGCAUGGACGUCCAGAACCGAGAAGAGGCAGUGGCCAUCCUGAGCCAGGAGGAGAACACCAACAUCUCCCUGCUGGUGGCUCGGCCUGAGAGCCAGCUGGCAAAACGGUGGAAGGACAGUGACCGGGAUGACUUCCUGGAUGACUUUGGCUCUGAGAAUGAGGGGGACCUGUGUGCUCGGAAGCUGAAAUCACCUCCUGCCCAGCAGCUCGGAAACGAGGAGGACAAGGGGGCCCCAGAUGCAGGCCCAGGCCUGAGCAACAGCCAGGAGCUGGACAGCGGGGUGGGCCGCACUGAUGAGAGCACGCGCAAUGAAGAGAGCUCGGAGCACGACCUGCUGGGGGACGAGCCCCCCAGUGCCACCAACACCCCAGGGACCCUGCGCAAGUUCGGCCUGCAAGGGGACUUGCACUUCAGCAUGGACUCGCUGCUGGCUGAGGCUGCGGGGCUGGGCGCAGGGGAUGUGCCUGGCCUCACGGAUGAGGAGUACGAGCGCUACCGGGAGCUGCUGGAGAUCAAGUGCCACCUGGAGAAUGGCAACCAGCUGGGCCUGCUCUUCGCGCGGGCCUCGGCAGGCAACGGUGCCCUGGACGUCAACCGCAACGAGAGCCUGGGCCACGAGAUGGCCAUGCUGGAGGAGGAGCUGAGGCACCUGGAGUUCAAGUGCCGCAACAUCCUGCGCGCGCAGAAGAUGCAGCAGCUGCGGGAACGCUGCAUGAAGGCCUGGCUGCUGGAGGAGGAGAGCCUGUACGACCUGGCAGCUGGUGAGCCCAAGAAGCACGAGCUGUCCGACAUCUCCGAGCUGCCAGAGAAGUCCGACAAGGACAGCACCAGCGCCUACAACACAGGGGAGAGCUGCCGCAGCACGCCACUGCUUGUGGAGCCCCCGCCGGAGAGCCCCCUGAAGCGGGCUGCCGCUGCCGCCGCCGGCAACUCCAACUUGAACCGGACCCUCCCCGGCCCCCCGAUCACUGGCCCCCCCAAGACGACCGCCACGCCUGGAAGCCCGGCCAAGUUCCGCUCCCUCUCCCGGGACCCCGAGGCAGGCCGGAGGCAGCAUUCGGAGGAGCGCGUCCGCCGCAGCCCCAAGGCCGGGGUGGCCUUGGAGCAGGUGGGCCCCGAAGGCAGCCCUUACCUGUUGCGGCGCCACCCUGGCCAGGGCCAGGAGAGCGAGCACUACCACAGCUGCAUGCAGCUGACCCCGCCGCGCAGCCUAGAGGAGCUGGGCCGCGGCGCCUUGGGCCUGGCCGGUGGCCCCCGGGUGUGUGGCGUGGCAGCCUCGGUGGAAGCGCCUCGCAUGGAGUGGAAGGUGAAGGUGCGCAGCGAUGGCACCCGCUACGUGGCCAAGAGGCCUGUGCGCGACCGGCUGCUGAAGGCCCGGGCCCUGAAGAUCCGGGAGGAGCGCAGCGGCAUGACCACCGACGACGAUGCGGUGAGCGAGAUGAAGAUGGGCCGCUACUGGAGCAAGGAGGAGCGCAAGCAGCACCUGAUCCGCGCUCGGGAGCAGCGGAAGCGCCGCGAGUUCAUGAUGCAGAGCCGGCUGGAGUGCCUGCGGGAGCAGCAGAGUGGCGACAGCAAGCCUGAGCUCAACAUCAUCGCGCUGAGCCACCGCAAGACCAUGAAGAAGCGGAACAAGAAGAUCCUGGACAACUGGAUCACCAUCCAGGAGAUGCUGGCCCACGGUGCACGCUCGGCAGACGGCAAGCGGGUCUACAACCCCCUGCUGUCAGUCACCACUGUCUGAGCUGCCGGGCAGCCUUCAGCUUCCUCUCAAGUUUGGUGUGUGUGAAUGUGUGUGCGCGUGUGCGCGCGUGCACUGCAUUCCUGCACCUUCUGCCUGUCCUCAUGUGUGUGGGGAAGAGAAAGGACAUUCCUUCCGCAUGGCCUACUUCCUUCUCCCCAAGUAACCAGACCAUGUCGACAGCUGGCCUUGAGCACCCCUGUGCUUGGAGGCAGGGAAGUUAAGAGAACACCCUGCUUCACGCCCUGGGAGCUGCGGUUAUUUGUAGACAAAGGCACCCCCGGUUUUUGUGGUUUUUCUCCCUUUCUGUGCUUGCAGAUAGUUGUUUUUCUGUUUUGUGGCCUUGCCAUGGGUGGGCAGCCUGGCGGAGGGGCAGAGGUGGAGCCCUGGUGCUGGCUGGGAAGGAGUGGGGGGAGCGGGGGAGGGUGGGAGGGGAGGGUGGUGGGAGGAAUGGGAAGCAGCUGCCGGGGGCUCCGUGCUGAGGGUGGGAUGGGAGCCUGAACUCUGCUUUCUCAAGGUUCACUCCUUGGGGCUGCCUCCCUCCCCAGAGACUGUGGGGGCUGAGGGAACAGUGUCCACCCGAGAAGUCACUGUGCCCGAUGCCAUCUGGGGCUGGACCAUUAUAGAUGGGGGGGGCUGAGAAGCCAAGCCCUGUGAGCGACAGUGAGAGACCUCAGGCCAUUCAGCCUGGAGAGAACUAGGUGACAGGGAGGUGGGCCAAGCAGGAGGGAGACGCCCAGCCCUCUCCGGGUGUUGCCUGUGCAGUACCCUUGGCUUGGAGGCAGACAGCUGCCACAUCCCUGCCCCUGCAUCUUGAGAAUAAAGCAAGCUGUCUUUUUACUGUUUGAA